GCAGGCCCCGCGAUGGCCGCGGCCACCAUCGUGCACGACACGUCGGAGGCGGUGGAGCUGUGCGCGGCCUACGGCCUCUACCUGAAGCCCAUCACGAAGAUGAGCAUCAGCGUGGCGCUGCCGCAGCUCAAGCAGCCGGGCAAGUCCAUCUCCAACUGGGAGGUCAUGGAGCGCCUCAAGGCCAUGGUCCAGCACCACCAGUUCUCCACGCUGCGCAUCGCCAAGAGCACCAUGGAGUUCAUCCGCUUCGAGGGCGAGGUGGAGAACAAGAGCCUGGUGGCCGCCUUCCUGGCCUGCCUGGACGGCAAGAGCAUCAAGCUCAGCGGCUUCUCCGACAUCCUGCGGGUGCGGGCCGCUGAGUUCAAGCUGGACUUCCCCUCGCGCCACGACUGGGACUCCUUCUUCCGCGACGCCCAGGACAUGAACGAGACGCUGCCCGGCGAGCGGCCGGACACCGUCCACCUCGAGGGCCUGCCCUGCAAGUGGUUCGCCCGGCGCGACGCGGGGCCCGGCGCGGCCGAGAAGCCCAGCGAGGAGGUGCUGGUGCGGGUCUUCGAGCGCUUCGGCGCCAUCCGCCACGUGGACAUCCCCAUGCUGGACCCCUACCGCGAGGAGAUGACGGGCCGCAACUUCCACACCUUCAGCUUCGGCGGCCACCUCAACUUCGAGGCCUACGUCCAGUACCGGGAGUACGCCGGCUUCAUCCAGGCCAUGAGCGCCCUGCGGGGCAUGAAGCUCAUGUUCAAAGGCGAGGACGGCAAGGCCGUGGCCUGCAACAUCAAGGUCACGUUCGACUCGACCAAGCACCUGAGCGACGCGUCCAUCAAGAAGCGGCAGCUGGAGCGGCAGAAGUUGCAGGAGCUGGAACAGCAGCGAGAGGAGCAGAAGCGGCGCGAGAAGGAGGCCGAGGAGCGGCAGCGGGCCGAGGAGAGGAAGCAGAAGGAGCUGGAAGAACAGCUGCGGGAGCGCAAGCGGGAGGAGAAGCUGCGGCGGCGGGAGCAGCGGCACCGGGAGCGCGACGUGCGGCGCAGCCAGAAGCAGCUGCAGAAGCUGCAGGCGCAGGAGCAGCUGCAGGACAAGAUCCGCCUGGAGGAGCGCAAGCUGCUGCUGGCACAGCGCAACCUGCAGUCGCUGCGCCUCGUGGCCGAGCUCCUCAGCCGCGCCAAGGCGGCCAAACAGCUGGAGCAAGAGCGGCGCGAAGAACAGCAGCGGCGGCGGCAGCUGGAGGAGCGGCGGCGGGUGCAAGCGGCCGAGCUCCGGCGCGUCGAGGAGGAGAAGGAGCGGGCCCUCGGCCUGCAGCGGCGGGAACGCGAGCUCCGGGGCCGCCUGCUUAGCAUCCUGCUCAACAAGCGGGCCGGGGACCCCCCGGGAUCCGCACCCACAUCUGGACCCGGCCCCGUCGCCGCCGCUGCCGCCACCGCCACCUCGCACGCAGACCUGCUGCAACCCGUCCUGGACAUCCUGCAGAGCGUGUCCGCCCUCGGUGGCGACUCCCUGGCCACCGCCCCGGCUUCGGCGCCGGCUCCGUCCCAGGCUCCAGCAGCCGGCCUCAACGGCACCCUGGCCGGGGACCCUUCCCCGGAGAAGCGGGGCCCCUCGGUGCUGGCCUGCAUCGCACCCAACGCGCAGCCCCCCAAGGGCGCGCCGCCGGCCACAGGUGCCACAGCCCCCUGCAAAGACGCGCGCUCCGAGCACGACAAGUGCAACCGGGAACCGAGCAGCGGGGCCGGCGGAGCCCGAGGGGCCCGGGCAGGUGCCGACGAGCCUCGCCGGGACCGCAGCAGCCGGCCACACCGGGCGGCCAGCCGGGAGGAGGCGCGCUCCGAGCGUCGUGCCCGCAAGAAGAGAUCCAGGCAGCGAGGCAGCGGUGGAGCAUCAGCAGCAGGUGCAGGAGGAGGAGGAGGAGGAGGUGGGAACACCCCACGGCGGCGGAGCACCAGCCCCGAGCCCCCCGCGUCCACCACCACCACCGGGUCCAGGGCCCGCCGGUCCCGGAGCCCCGAGCGUCCACGGGCCCGCCGGUCCCGCAGCCGGGAGCACGGCCGCAAGCGAAGCCGCCACCGCCGGGGAGGCCGCUCGCGCUCGCGCUCCGGCACGCCGAGUCGGCACCGCAGCGCCUGGAACAGGGGCCGGGAGGUGGUGUUUAAAUCCCCGGUGACGCACAGCUAG